GUGCAUGUGUGCAGCCUGUCGCGGCUGGCUGGGCUGCUGGCUUGUCUAGUUGCACUCCACAAAUCCAAAAGACGUCUCUGCGAGUCCGAUCAUCCUCUGCCACGUCAAAUGCGAUAGUCCAUCUCGGCCAAGUCGCGUCAGAUUCACUGAACCCGGCAACACGGAGCGAGGUGCCCCCUUUUCAAAAGGCCGAUUCUUUUCAAUCAAUCAAUCGGAAAGCCACGACAAGAAGCGGGUCCAGCACGAUUCGAUCCCCGUCGCAAACGCAAAUCGAAGCAAGAUGCAGGCGCAAUACCGCCAGUUCCCACAAAAUGUUCCCCAGAGGUCGCCGCAUGUCCCUGCUCCACGACGCGGAGGAAUUGGCCCCAUGAUGCAGCACCACCAGGGCUUGCACAACCCUCCUCAUGUCCCUCUCAACCAGGCCCAGCUGGCAGAGAAGCAGCACCAGCAGCAGGCCGCCGUCGAGCGCGCCAAGCUGCGCGCGAAAAAGCCCACCGACAAGACCAUGCCCGAUGGCGUCGAGGACUGCAUCAUGAGCGAUGGCGUCCAGCGAUACAAGGAGCUGAGGGACUUUGAGAGGAGGCUGGACGCGACAAUCACACGCAAGAGGCUGGACAUUGUAGACUCUGUCAACAAGAACGCCAAGAGAUGGAAGACCGUGCGGGUAUGGAUCACAAACACCGUCGAGGAUCAGGUCUGGCAGGGCAACGGCAUCAAUGCAGACAGCUUCGACUUCUCCACCAGCGCCGACUCGAGCUUCCGGGUCAAGAUCGAGGGCCGCCUGCUGGACGACGACGACGAGUACGAAAAGGACGACGCCGAGGCCAAGGAUGGCAGCGACGGCGACAAGAUGGACACCGACGUCUCCGCUGACAAGGCCAAGGCACCAUUCGCCAAGGCACCCCCUCGCCCACGUUUCUCACACUUCUUCAAGAAGAUGACUGUCGACUUCGAUCGCAGUAAGAUGCGCAAUGGCGCCGAGCAGAGCAUCGAGUGGAACAAGCCCGAGAGGUUACCGAAUAACCCCACCAACCCACCAGCUUCCGCCGACUUUGACGAGUUGACGUUCAAGAAGAACGGCGACGAGAACAUGAACAUCACCAUCAACCUCUUCAGGCAUGAGGAGCCGGAGCGUUUCGAGCUCAGCCCCGCGCUCUCGGAUGUGGUCGACAUGGAAGCCGCCACGCGCUCCGAGGUCGUCAUGGGCCUGUGGGAGUACAUCAAGCUGAUGGGUCUGCAGGAGGACGAGGAAAAGCGGAAUUUCCGUUGCGAUGAGCUCUUGAGAAAGGUGGUCCAAAGGGACACAGGCCACAUACCAGCACUGCAGGAAUACAUCACUCCUCAUCUGCAGCCCCUUCCACCAGUCAAGCUUGCCUACACCGUUCGUGUUGACGAGGAAUUCCACAAGAACCCCGAGCCCACAGUCUACGACAUCCGCGUUGCCGUGGACGACCCCCACCACGCCAGGUUGGAGCAAUUUUUACGUGAUCCUCAGUAUGCAAACAUGCUCAGCCAAGUCAAGGUCCUCGACGAGCAGCUCGCCAUCAUCAUUCAGGCCAUCUCCGACUCCAAGGCGAAACACAGCUUCUUCAAGAGCCUAGCCCAAGACCCGGCGAACUUCGUACGCGACUGGCUCAGCAGCCAGAAGCGAGACCUCGAGGUCAUUAUGGGCGAGGCCACGCGCGGUGGCGGCGAAGAUGCGACGGGCGAUGAGUGGAGGAAAGGCGGCAAGGACAGCGUCUGGACGACGCAAAAUGCCAGGGAGUCGGUGCAAUUCAUGUUUACUCGCCGUUAGGAGUCAGCUCAGAGCCUGAAUGCGGAGGUCCAUACUAGCGACUCUUCAACACCUAGAAAACGGCGAUUCGUACGAUUCGUUGACCAGAAUUAGAGCAAAUGGAUGAGACCUUGGGGCUGGAACGGGCGCACGAGGGCGUACUGGCCACCCAAGAGGGGGGCGCGAUUAUCUACAGGCCUGUGGGAGCGCAUGACUGGGGAAGAUCGAGGCUCGCGGGUUUGCUCCGCACGGCGGGCCAACGAUUAACCACGGGCAAAGCUUCUGAGCAGACCGUACAGGACACUACCUUGUGCCAUCUGGAGUCAUGCAGGCAACCGCGGGCGCGCUGAAAAAAGUGUAUAGACAUCAUUCAAUUGCAGGGAGUGGACGGUGCUUUCAGCGAUGGGAUGCUGCCCCUUGGAUGCAGCGUCUUAUGGCAGCUCAGAGCCUCGGAGGCAUGGUCCGCUAUCGAUUUAAUGAUCUCGGGGCCGCUUCAGAAUUAGCUGUCUGGCCCCUUAAGACUCACGGAUUCAGGCUGAUGAAAAGCCGGGGUUUGUUGGUAAGGGGUAGCAAGCAGCCAGGUGUAACAUUUUAUAAAUGCCAGAUAUGUAGGUUAGAAACUGUUUACUGCUAUGAAGACUUUCAUGGUCAUGGCCAUUGGAAAUGUCAAGUCUAUAUGACGCAGGACCCUGGCUGAACGAGGAAGCUAGUGCAGUUCUCUUUUUCUUCAUACUGGUUGGUUUCGUUCUUAUUCAGUAUACGUCCGAAGCCAUGGGAGGCGCCUUCGUACAGUGGUCAGCGCUCAAAGACUUGGCGUUUUGGAAAGGAAGGGAG